CCACAAAGGCAACAAACAUUGUAGAUACCGACCACCCUCGGCUCUCGAUUACAAUAUCUCGGCCAACGCUCAACGUCCCAACACAUGCAUGCACGAUGGUUUAAAUACUUAAAUAACCUUCAGAAAUUCAGUCCACCUGUAGCUGUUCAAUGAAGCUCAUUACAUUACAACCAUGACACCAAAUCAUCUCACCCUCCUAGCAGCAGGCGUUGCGCUCUACCUAGCCCUAGCCCGAUAUCUACGCUAUCAACGUCGCGAUGCCAUCAAAGCGCGCUUCAACAACCGUCCCCUCUCGAGCAUGACGAUUCCCGAAGCGCACGAAAUCAUUCGCGAGCUGCGCGAGCUCGAAUUCCCAUAUACAAUGCACACGGCGAUGAAGAUCUCCUUACUCAAAACCGGCUCCAUCCCAACCAUGACCAAACUCUUCGUCGCAACAGGCCAACUCAACGAGCGCAACGCCUCCAAACGCGCCGCCGACACCGAAGUCGUCCUUUCAGAAGUCCACGACCGUCUACCCGGUUCCGAUCCGCACUUACUCGGCAUCGCGCGCAUGAACUACCUACACGCUCGAUUCCGCAAGGCCGGCAAGAUCCUCGACGAGGAUAUGCUGCACACGCUGGGCUCCGCGGUCGUGGAUAUCAUGCGGUACGUCGACCGCAACGAGUGGCGGGGCUUGACAGAUGUUGAGAAAUGUGCUGUCGGUGUGUUUCAUAAGGCGUUAGGUGAUGCGAUGGAGAUUCCCUUCACGGGGUUCUUGCCGAGCGUUGCGCAGAAAGAGGGGUGGCGUGAUGGGGCGCAUUUCGUGGAUGAGGUCUGUGAGUGGACGUUGGAGUAUGAGAGGCAGGUGGCGAAGAUGACGGAGUCGACGAGGACGAUUGGACGACGGUUGCUGGAUUUGGCGACGUUUAAUGUCCCGGGUUGUUUGAGGGGUGUCGUGGAGGGCGUGGUGGUUACGAAGCUGGAUGAGCAUAUUCGGUUGAGUAUGGGGUUUGAGAAACCAAGCAUUCUCAUAUCUAGCUUCGCGCAUGGCAUCAUGGCCCUCCGCAAGCGAGUCCUUCGCUACCUGAGUCUCCCUCGCCUUGGGUUUAUGCGGGUGCGAGUCCUAAACGACGAACCCGACAAGACCACAGGCUUGUACACGACGAGUCUGUGGAUCGCGCAUCCAUGGUACGUGCGGCCUAUGUUUAUGCAUCGGUGGGGACCGAAGGCGUGGUUUAUCCGGCUGUUUGGCAGCGGCGCAGUCCCGACAACAGAGGGGAAGUAUCGCGAGAGCGGAUAUAAUAUGUGGACGAUCGGACCGGCAGCGCAGGAGAAGAGAGGCCAGGAAGAAAUGCAGGCGCUGUUUGAGGGAUUGAAGCAGAGCGGGUAUGCUGAGGGAUGUCCGUUUCAUCGCUAG